AUGAAUCUUCAAGGAAUUCCUCUUCGCAUCAUUCAAUUCAUUUCUCUCAUUUUCUAUUCAACAAUUAUUUUCUGCUUGUUUUUCCCGAGGAAUCGUUUUCUUGAAGGAAGCUACUAUAAAGAGUGCAUUGUUUUGGGUUGUUUUGACAUUCUUUGCUUUCUGACAACAAUCGGUCAAACAAUCGUUCGCUCGUUGAAUUUUCCCGUGAAAACUUUCUACAUGGUGCUAAUUUUACAGAAAAUUUGCAAAAACGGACAUCAGAUUACAAUGUUGUCAAUGAAUUUGACGAAAUUCAUGGUACUCAGGGAUCCGAUGGAACAAACAACUGAGUUCACUCCAAAAUCCUCCUUCACAUCGAUUUUCUUCGCAAAAUGCCUUAUUUGUGCUGUUCUUUUCUCAUCUCAUCGAUUUGUUUGGCUUAUCGCUUUUGGAUGGCCUGACGAGAAUUAUAAUUACAAUACGUUUUGGCUUGAUUUGGUUGGUGAUGAU